AUGUUUCUGCUUUACGAAUAUGAUUUUUUUUGGGCAUUUCUAAUAAUAUCAAUCCUUGUUCCUAUUUUGGCAUUUUUCAUUUCCGGAGUGUUAGCCCCGAUUAGCAAAGGGCCGGAGAAACUUUCUACUUAUGAGUCGGGUAUAGAACCAAUGGGCGAUGCUUGGUUACAAUUUCGAAUCCGUUAUUAUAUGUUUGCUCUAGUUUUUGUUGUUUUUGAUGUUGAAACGGUUUUUCUUUAUCCAUGGGCAAUGAGUUUCGACGUAUUGGGUGUAUCUGUAUUUAUAGAAGCUUUCAUUUUCGUGCUUAUCUUAAUUAUUGGUUUAGUUUAUGCAUGGCGAAAGGGGGCAUUGGAAUGGUCUUAG